CUGACCUAAUAUCAAUAUCAACAUCAACAUCAGAAUCAACAUCAACAUCAACAGUAACAUUCAUUCAAGGCGAAAACAUACUCCUGACAGCUCUCGAUUAUGGAAAUUAAAUAACGGAAUUCCAUACUUCAAGCAUCACAUCAUCUCUUGAUAGGUCAAUGUAGCUAUAGAACAGAUCUUUUCUGUCAGCCUUGCACUUGUUAUUGACAUUUACUUCAAAGAGCUCAUUUGUUAUUCGCCAUGGAAACUCCUGAUACAACAUGGCUAUCAAUUUCGACAAGCACGUUUUAUUACAUUUCCUUGCCAAUCACUUUUAUUUUCAGGUGGCUCUUGGCUAUUCUCAGCACUGCUCUCGCUCCGCUACUACAUCUUGGCAACUCGUUGAUUUCUGCUUCGCUUCUUCCUUUGAAGGUUCUAGCUAAAUUCGAGGUAAGCGUUAUACAAAAGUCAACUGAUGGCCUACGGCUAAUAGUCCUCAGGCCCUCAUCAUAUUCCUGGGGUCUGCAAUCUUCAUUGGUUUCAUCACUGGGUCCGUUUUACGUAUCUCCUCCAACGUACUCGCAUCACUACUCAAACUCACAUCGAACCCUGAAGAUACGGGUCAUUCUCUGGUAUCGAUUCGCGCUACAGAAGAACAAAAGAAACAAGAGACGAAGCCGGACUUAUUGAAAUGGAAGGUUGAUCCCUCUGUAGAAAAGAGAUAUUCUGAAUGGCUGGAAAAGGAUGGAGGUAGAAAGAAGGACGAACAUGGGUUAUUGGCGCAAACCAUAAUUGAGGAAGAUGAUGACUCCGAUGAUGGGUUUUAAUAGUAGGAUCGGCGCUCUUUAAGCCUGCUGAACACCAUGCCAAGAUCUCUUCGAGUGACAAUAUUUGAGGACUUGAUGGACUGUUCAUUCCCUCCAUUUGACGAAAACUUGAUCCGUUCUGAACCUCUGAGUACA